CUCCGCGAGGGCCCCCCGUGGGCGCAGGCGGGUCGCGGGGGCUGAGCGGGGCGCUCCCCCGGCGGCGCGGUCCCCCGCAUGUAACCCGCGAAGCGGUCUCCGCGCUUCCCUCCCGGCACGUUUCCGACUUCACCCCCGUGAGUCUCCCCACCUCCGAGCCGCCCCCGGUUUUCUCUUCCAGCGAAACGGGAGGCCUCCCACGGCAGCGGAUCCUGCCCCUUCGCCUGCUGGUGCACCCGUCAGGGCAGACUGCCAUGAGUGGACUGAGGUCUCCUGGGCUGCUGGGGCUGGUGCUCUUAAUGCUCUCGGCAGGGUACUGCAAAGAGAAAACUGACUCCGCAGAUCUGAAGGACAGGCAGAGUCUCUUAAAUCUGAUCAUGGAGAUCAUUCAGGAACUGAAGAGGUACCACCUGGAGAAGGACAGGGGGGUGCAGUACUUCUCCAAGCACGACUAUAACUUAGAUCGAAGGGAAGUGGCUGACUACGGAGGAUACCAGGACGAGCAGAGAGUCGAAAUAGUUCCCAGAGAUCUGAGGAUGAAAGACAAGUUCUUAAAGCAUUUAACAGGUCCACUCUACUUCAGCCCAAAAUGUAGUAAACACUUUCAUCGGCUUUAUCACAAUACAAGGGACUGCACCAUCCCAGCAUACUAUAAAAGAUGUGCCAGGCUUCUUACUCGGUUGGCAGUAAGCCCAAUGUGCAUGGAAGGAUAAAGAUUAUUACCAUGAAAAGAAACACCAAGAACCAAGAGAAGUGCCUUGGAAACCAACAGGGAAAUAGAACUUACUACCUUUAUAACAUAUUCCAUUGUGAACAAGAGAUUUAUUUUUGCAGAUUGACAGACUACUUCCCAUAAUUCUUUUAACAUGCGUUUUGUAUGUCGUCAACAGUUUGCAGAUUGACAUUCUUUACAGUAGCAUAACUGCCAGUAGUACUUAAUGCUCCAUACUUAAAAACACACUUUACAACUGAUGUGUAAUGCUGCCAAAAAUUAUGUAUACACAAAUAUUUCACCAAGAAAAUUGAUGUUCUAUUGCUUAAUUCUACAAUUUUAAGGAAUGUUUGUUUGUAUAUCUAGAACUACUAAAGAUCUGCUCCACAGUAGUUGUGGUCACUUGAUAUCCUUCAUGCUUAUGCAAUUUUUUAAAAGUUUGGUUAAAACAGACUUGCAUUGGGGUCACAUUGUACCCUAGGAGUACAAAUUGCAUGACAAACAGGAACGUAAUUCCAAGUAGACAUAUUUUUUGGGACUGUGGAGCAUGGAUUUUGUACACAAACACAAGCUGCCAUUAAUUUACUUUAUAUAAUAAAUGUAUAAAACAUUCCAGCGAACGUGCAAUAUGUAAAUACUGUAAAUAACAAGCAUAAGUAAUAAAGUGUUUGGUAUUAA